AUGAGCAAUGCUGCACUGAAGCGCCACCUGCCCCUCCAGGUUAUGAAUCAGAUCAUAAAAUUGAACACCUGUCCACCAGCAGCCCGACGUCGGGGGAACCGACUUGUGCCGGGCUCACGCGUGCGUGGUUUUGAACGAUCGCCGAAAACAUACGGACCGUCAAGCAUCAGAUUUCUUGUUGAAAUGAUCCUCCAGCAUUUCAAGGGUAGUCCACCUGAAUUUAAAUUCAAGGAGGUUAACAGCCUUUUUGAAGUCGGUUCUAAAUCUUCAUAUUUUAUCGCUCAUUUGCAAGGCGGCCUUGUUGACCUCGUGUCUUCAGGGACACGAUUUUCCCUCCUAGUGGAUAAAAUUGCAGCAUGUUGCUCGCACGAAUGGAACGAUCGUAUUUUGAGUCCAUAUAUUCCCCUCUUCCCUGAAGGCAGUUCUCGUUUCCUCCUUGGUCUACUGGGCGUGGUCAUUACAUUACGGUACCCCUUGGGUAUUGCUUUGCCUCAUUCUACCAAAAUUCUGGACAAAGCUGAAAAAUCAUCCACAACUAGCCUAGAGACAGUUGGCCGAUUCUCAAGCCAUAUUCCUGGUCAAUCACUCAAUUAUAUUACCGGUACAUUACGUGACCCAGCCUCACAAUGGAACGCCGGCUCGACGCUGGCACAAAAAACAGACCACCUAGAGCCUGUUCGUAAAGAGGUUUUAUCUAUACUUAAUAAAGUCACCGCCGAAAAUUUCGAACAACAGGCAAAAAAUAUUUUAAAUGUUGGCAUUCAUUCUUCUUCCAUUCUUAAUGUCAUUGUGCGACUGAUUUUCCAAAAAGCUAUCAAUGAGCCCAAAUUCACUGCAUUGUAUGCCCAGCUGUGCCUAAAGUUAUGUUCUAGUGCGCCCAAUUUUGAGCCGAAGGGUAGCCCGAAAUCGACUUUUCGCAUUUUUCUCUUGAAACUUUGUGAAGAUGAAUUCAAAGCGCGCAACGGUGCCGACGACCCGGUUGCUCGACAAAGAAGCCUGGGGAACGUUCGCUUCAUCGCGGAACUUGGACAGCUUGGUUUUAUUCCGGAGAAGAUUUUGCAUCAGUGUGUUCGAGCCAUGCUCUCCGGACGCACCCAACCAGUUCAGUCUGUUACAUCCAGCUCUGGAUCAACUGUGGAGGAUACUACCGGUAGAUCAGGGGCUAAAAUUCGGGAAGAGUCCCUGGCAACGGACAUGGAGUGUCUAUGCCUUUUCCUGAAAGUAGUGGGAAAAUCUAUGGACACACCGAAGGCACACAAUCUAAUGAACCAAUAUUUCCAGCGGCUACAGCGAAUUCAAGCACGGGCGAUGGAAGCUUCCAGUCUACACGGAGAAUCGGAGGACGGGUCUAACUGCAGCGGCGGUAGACCUAGAACGGGUUCAGCCCAUGAAGUGAUCAACUCACCGAAAUCAUCGGGUGUGAAAUCUAAUGUGGAAGUUUUGCCAGCUCGUAUUCGCUUCAUGAUUGAUGAUAUCCUGGAUUUAAGGAGUAAUGGAUGGGUCCCACGACGGGCAGGUCAACGAGGGGAAACAAACAAACCUCGGUAUCUGAGGGAUAUUCGCAUGGAAGUAUUUAAGGAUUCAGGAACUUUGGUGGCGCCAACUCCCGCCGAACGCUCAGUUUCAUCAAGGGAUGUGCCCGGAAGUGAAUAUGCAAACCAUUUGUCGGCCACAUCGAACGCAUUGGCCCCUUUUAAUGUGCCGUUCUUUUCUGGUUCCAAAAGUAGGAUGGUUCCAUUCUGUCCGAGUGUUGGAGACUCAAGCGGCGUGGAAGCAAGAAAUUGGUUAGAGUUAGCACGACUGGGUGAAGAACUUUGUCGCAAUAGUCCUGCUGAUGUGGGAAUUUUAGGUAGUGGCCGAAGUUCGAUAUCAAGUCGUCAGGAAGGUGGCUUUUCGGUUGCAAAUAAGCGAUUGGUUUACACGAAAUCUGGCAGUGGUAUGAGCGCAAACAACAACAAUCACAACAAUGGAUACUCCGUCAGUUCCAAAUUCGGUGGUCCGGACUCAUGGAGUUCCAGACGAGAACGUGGGACAGACGGUUCGGACAAUGGCUGGACACGUGGAAUGGCUACGGGAGCCCGUAGACAGUCAAGCUUCUCUAGAACAACACUGCCUUUGGCCAGUAAUCUGCCUCCUCGUAUGUUGCGCAAGAUGGCUUCCCAGAAUGGCACUACGUUUACUCAAGAUAAUUUGUUGGAACACAUGCCGUUAUCCAAUGCGGAAUUUUCGGAUGCAUCACAACCUGAGGAAAUGGAAGCACGUUCAAUGGAGAGUAAACUUGUUUUUCAGAGUUGGAACCCACAAACCGAAAGCGGUGUGAAUUCUGGUACAGGAGCGGCUACAGUUGACGAAUGUCCGACGAAGUCUUCUGAACUCUUUGAGCCAACCUAUCUGAAUCAAGAACGCACACCGCUGCUCAAAUCGGAAUUUGCGGUAUCCACGUUAUCAGCAAACGCAUGUCUAAUCAACCAGCCUUUUCAGAGGUCAGUGGGCACCAGCUUGCGUCCGAACGUCCCUCUCCCAUUUGGGCAGUCCGCACCUGGACGAUCUUCACAGAGUGAUUCUAAAACUGUAACCCCGUCGAGUCGUGCUACACUACAGGCACCUAUUGUGCACAGUGAUCCACCGGACCUACCUGAUCACAAGCUAAGUCGCUCUCCAACAAGUUCUGAUGAACAGAGAAAAUUGUCGAAACGUCUGAUGCAACUGUUUGAAGAAUAUAGGACUCCCGGGGAUCUCCUGAACUGCCUUCAAACCCCAGAGUUUUCAGGUCGUCUGAACGUCGAGAUGCUUGCCACAUUUCUGUCUCGCAUCUGUGAAGAGGGUGCUGUUUUUCCCCUAUCCACCUUGGAUCCCAUGGAAUCCGCACAGUUGUUUACGGACUGCGCUAAUCUUGUCAAUAUGAAAGAUUUGAAAUCGAGCAAAUCAACGAAGGAAACCAGUCGGCCACUUGCUUCUGUGUGUGCGCAUUUACUGUCCAGAUUGCUUCAGUCUACUUCGGUCAUUUUUUCCAAGUCAAAAUUUGCUUCCAUAGCCGCCUCGCUGUUAUGGAUUGGUGCAUUGCAACUGACAGAUUUGACUGAACCUCUUCGUGCUGGGAAACACCAUCCACUGUUUCUGCUGAUCCUUCAGCAACUCGUACGUAUGAUCGAUGGGUCCUCACAAGCUAACCAUAGUGGAGCUCCCGAUUCGUUUGGCACCCAAUCUGUAGCCUGUCACACGGUCGAAGAGCGGCGGCAGAUGAUGAUUCGCUGGUUUCGGGACAGUGGAAUCCUCAUGAGCCAAAUGUUACCAGAUGGAAAUCAGUGGAAUGAACGGCUGUUGGAAACUUUGGAAGAACGUGGUUUGAGCUUCCUCGUACCUAAUCUUUGUUUGUCUCGUGAGCUCAAUAAGUUGUUGACAUCAGGACCACUUUCCACCAAGACUGACGAUGAACAUAUGACACUGACGCUCUCCGAAUGUCUAAAAAAAUGUGUUCGCCCGGAGGAUCAACAGUCCCCUGACUUCAUUCACACCGUAAUGCUUGUUGUUUAUGAAUACAUAUACCGAACUGGCCUUGAGCUCUCGCCGCAGUCUUCGCCAACAGAAUUAAUGUCUCGUGAACGAGCCGCAUGGACGCGACUGGUUCCCGCUGAGUUGGCCGGGGUACUGAUUGGAUCUUCAAGUCGACAACUUGAUGCACUACAUGCCCUCCAGAUAUUCUGGAUGAGUAAAAACAAGCCAAAAGGAUUUCUACUGCGUUGCUUCAUCAACCUGUACAACUGCGACUUAGUGGACGAGAACACGUUUCUAACGUGGAAAGAAGAACUGAACCCUGAUUAUCCGGCCAAAGGCGAAGCACUUUUUGAAGUAAAUCGAUGGCUGACAUGGCUAGAAAACGCAGAGGAGGAAGAUGAAGAAGAGGGUGAUCUCAAAGCUACUCUUGGUAAUCAUCUUGAAAUGGUAGAAUCUAUGGAGGAUAGUCGGUCAUCGCCUCCUGUGACGCAUCAUACUGACUCACACGCACCACUACCCUGUGUACUGGGUAAUUCGGAAGCAGAAACCAUUUGGAACACGCAACCAAUCGCAACACUAUAGGUCCAUCGUCCCCCCAGAAUAAGCGGUUAACGGUACACGUCGUCCGCCAACUGAUGAAUUCUAUUCACACUGGUCGAAAGUCGAUUGUUACUCUUUUUUGUCACUUGGGAACGUCCAGGCACAUUACCAUCACUACAACGGGCUCCAGAGACCUGAUAUUUGCGCUCAUUCAUCCGUCUUCACACAUGGCUGACAACUUUUCUUUCGACUCCCAAUUUCUCUCUUAUGUCGCGUGUUUGCUUUUUCUUCCCUCUUGCUGUAUGUUUACUUCUGGAUAGGUUGGUAAUUCUACAUCCUGCAACGCUGCAAGUAUUCCUUUCCCUAGCCGAUGAUCGUAUUUCAGCUAAUUAAUGUAAUAAAUUGCGUGUUUGCCAACCCAUCAUA